AUGUGCGACAUAACAGAUACCUCCAAAAUGAGCGUUUGGAUCAAGGGAAAUGGUCAACGGACAAAAAUGUGCAUCAAAUGCCUCGAUGCUAGCAAGGCGUCACGUGAACGUAAUAGGUACCCCAUGAAAAGGUUCGGAUUUGCCCUCAUGAAAGGAGGAUGUAUCAAUGCAGGAACUGACUGUAAGGGAAGUCAAAUUUGUAAACAUGAAAGGAUAAGAUACCACUGCAGGGACUGUAAUGGAAGUCAGAUUUGCAAGCAUGAAAAGGUUAGAGCCUAUUGCAGAGAUUGUAAGGGAGGUCAGAUUUGCAAGCAUGAAAAACUAAGAUUCCAGUGCCCCAAUAGUUACCCAGGUAGCCAUCUCGCCCAUGUUGUAAGCAGCCGAACCCGCCACGCCCUGAAGGGAAACAAGGAGCUCAGUUCCCAGGAGUACCUUGGGUGUGAUAUAUCCACGCUGCGGGCCCAUAUUGAGACCCAGUUUGUCGAGGGUAUGACCUGGGACAAUUAUGGAGAGUGGCACAUUGAUCACAAGGUGCCAAUUCAAUAUAGGGAAAAUGGGGAUGCCCAAUCACUUGAUGAGGUAGCGAAAGGCUGCACUCUUCCAACACUCAACCUAUGUGGGGCAAAUAGAAAUAGGGAAGAGGGCAAGGCAUGUUCAAAAUGCUCAAGAUCUCUUCCAUUGGAACAGUUCAAAAUCAAACGCAAUGGUCGAAUAUUAAGACAAUGCAUUAAAUGCCUCGCUGCCAACAAGGCCUCAAAGGAGCGUACAAAGUGCCCUCAUCAAAGGGUGAGAUCCAAGUGCAAGGAAUGUGGUGAUAAUUGCCCUAGGCCUCUACAUGAAAACAAUGAGGUCAUAGCUAUCUGCAUGACUCAUAUUGAAGCCCAGUUUUGCGACGGAAUGACCUGGGAACACUACGAGUUUGUUCGUAUUGAUCACAGGAUACCGUUUAAGUAUAUAGAAACCAGGAGGUAUCCGACUCUUGCUGAUGUUGCCAGGGUAUUGCACGAACACUCAAGGUAA